AUGUCAGAGAACGGGCAGAAUGGGAACGAGCGACCCGACGACGUUCUGCAAUCAAACAUAGACGAUGUCACCACCAGCAACUCACCGCAUUCAGAUCCAGCCUCUACCAGCGAAUCAAGCAAUGGCGAAUCGACAACUCAAUUGAAGCCAGAAUCAAAUGGCGAAGCUGGAGACGUUUCUGAGAAUGGCGAUGGAAGCCAAGUGCCAAAGGAAGAGGAAUCAAAUGGGGAGAAAGAGAACGAGCCCCAUCAACCCGAGGGCAAUGGUGUACAACCAUCGCCAGAAGUGCAAGUGAAUGGGGAACUGGCCAACACUCCAGCAUCCAAGGCUUUGCCGGCAGAACCAACCCCCACCUCCGAGUCCCCUCGUAUUGGACACACUCGUCAACAAUCCACAGUGUCAGUGGCGUCCUCAACAGCCACCGUGAACAAUAUCCAUAUUUUCAAGAAGACAUUCGAAACCAUCAUCGGCAGCAAGGAAGCCAAGAAGAACGAGUCCUUCAAGAAUACCAUCCAAAAUGCCAUCAACUCUUUGAAUGUACCUGAUUCCAGAGAUCCCCAAAUCAUCUUCAAUGCUUUGAAGGCUACAUGCGAAGUCUCUUCCAGUAGCGAAUUGAAGAUUUUGGCAAUCGACCUUUUUGCUAAGUUAUUUGAUUAUGCUCAGUUUGAGGACAAGGCUGACAAGUUCAAGCUUACCGAUGCCUCAGUUGACGUGAUUUCAGAGUGUUUUGAAGGUGAAGGAACUGAUCCUGAAUUGGAAUUGCAGGUUGUCCGUGCUUUGAUGCACAGUGUUUUACUCAUGUCAUGCCAUGGUGCUUCCCUUCUCAAGGCUGUGAGACAAAUUUACAAUGUAUUCAUAUUCUCCUUGUCGGCCAGAAAUCAGGCCGUUGCUCAAGGAAUAUUGGCUCAAGUCAUCAGCGCCAUUUUCCAAAGAAUCACGGACUCUCCAAAUUUUAAGGGCAAGACAAAAUCGAGCAGCAACAUUAAUAUCAAGUCAAGCACUGCUAGUAAAGAAGAGCUCGAUAUUGCUCCUGAAUCAAAGCCAGAGUCAAGAGAAAAGUUGACCUUGAAGACCUUAGAAAGACUCAACUCAGAUGCAUAUGAUGACCAAAGAGUCAACGACGCAAGCCAUGCUUCAGAAGGAGAUGAGGACUUAGUGGUUAAGGAUGCCUUUUUGAUCUUCAGAGCAAUGUGUAAAUUAUCUGUGAAACCAUUGGAGUCAGAGACAAUUGACAUGAAGUCACAUUCUGUCAGAUCGAAGUUGUUAUCGUUACAUAUUAUUCACACUAUCUUGAGAGAGCAUAUUGAAGUGUUUUUGAGUGAUGACGUGGUAAUCUUGUCUUCCAAUUCAUCUGAACAAACCAGAUUAAUAAGUGCAGUAAGACAAUACAUCUGUUUAUCAUUGUCCAGAAAUGCUGCUUCACCUUUGGCACCAGUUUUUGAACUCUCAUUAGAGAUAUUCUGGUUGAUUAUCUCAAAUUUGAGAUCAGACUUCAAGAGGGAAAUUCCAGUUUUCUGGGAUGAAAUCUACUUUCCAGUUGCUGAAAUGAAGACUUCUACUCCCCACCAAAAGAGAUACUUGUUAUCCAUCAUCGAGAAAUUAUGUAAUGAUUCAAGAUGCAUCAUUGAAUUUUAUUUGAACUAUGAUUGUGAUAGUACCAUGUCCAAUAUUUGUGAAAAAAUCAUUGAUUAUUUGACCAAGUUAGCAUUAAUAAGAGUUGAAGUUACUCCACAACAAAAAUUGGCUUAUCGAGAGAACAAGAGAAAUGGAAUUUCUGUUUACGAUAUAAGCAAGAUAGCUAACUUGACAAGCAGUACCAUGUCUUCUAAGCCUCCAGAACCGGAGGUGUACAACUAUUUCCCACUAGAGUAUGCUUUGAAGAUGACAUCUAUUGGCUGUUCUGUUGCAUUUUUAAGAUCUUUAUACUCAUGGGUCCAAAAGGGAAUAAAUAGUUCGUUGAAUUCGAGCAAGUUGUCAAACGGCAAUCAAAACACAUCUCAUUUGAAUCUUCACAGAGAUAGAUCGGGCACCGUUGAUUCUAACUCCUCCACUGGGAAUAAUUCAAGGAAUGCAUCAUUCGUAAACACUGACCAAUUCAAUGAAACAGACGACCCAGAACAAUUCGAGAACUUGAAGCUUCGUAAGAAAGCUUUCCUUAAUGGUAUAAGACAGUUCAAUCAAAAGGCUAAAAAGGGUAUCAGCUACUUUUUGGAAAACAAUUUUAUAGAGUCUGAUGAGCCAGACAGUAUUGCUGCAUUCUUGUUAGAAACUGAUGGAUUGGACAAGGCAGUCAUUGGUGAAUACUUGGGUGAAGGUGAAGAAUAUAACAUCUCGAUCAUGCAUGCUUUUGUUGACCAAAUGGAGUUCACUAACACCGAGUUUGUUGACUCCAUGAGAAGAUUCUUACAGUCAUUCAGGUUGCCUGGUGAAGCCCAAAAAAUUGAUAGAUUCAUGUUGAAGUUUGCCGAGAGAUAUGUAUUGGGAAACCCAUCUGUUUUCUCAAAUGCAGACGCCGCCUACGUUUUAGCUUAUUCAGUAAUCUUAUUGAAUACUGAUCUUCACUCUCCACAAAUCAAGAAUAGAAUGACUUUCGAGAAUUUUGUUGCAAACAAUGCUGGAAUUGAUGAUGGGAAGGAUUUGCCAAGAGACUUAUUACAGCGCAUUUAUGAGGAAAUUGCCAGCAAUGAGAUUAAGUUGCAAUCGGAGCAGCAUGCUGCUUUGUUAGCCGGAGAUUUGGCAGUCUCUACUGGACCUGCUUCUGUGGGAUUCUUUGGUAGCCGUGACUUGAAUAGAGAGGCUUAUAACUUUGCUUCAAAGGAAAUGUCCACCAAAACAGAAAAGUUGGUGAGAAACUUGGGUAGGAAAUUAAAGUCUGACGAUUCCAAUGGCGUUUUCUAUGCUGCCUCUCAUGUGCACCACGUUAAAUCUAUUUUCGACACAUUGUGGAUGUCAAUUUUAGCUGGAUUGACUCCUCCAUUCAAGGAAUAUGACGAGGAAGACACAUGCAAGACAUGUUUAGAGGGUAUCAAAUUAUCCAUCAAGAUUGCCUGUAUGUUCGAUUUACAGUACGCUAGAACUUCAUUUAUUGGAGCUUUAGUUCAAUUCGAGAACUUGAACAAUUAUGAAGAAAUGAAGGCCAAAAAUGUGGAUGCGAUUUACAUUAUGCUUGACAUUGCCGUGUCUGAAGGAAAUCAUCUUGGGGAAUCUUGGUCUCAAGUUUUGAUUUCAAUUUCCCAAUUGGAAAGAUUACAAUUGAUUGCUCAAGGUGUGGAUCAGGACUCUAUUCCAGAUGUCUCAGUUGCUAAGUUGGUUAACAGAGGCUCAGUAGAAAACUCGAGAGUUAGUACUAGUUUCUUCAGUCAAUUCACUGCAGCACCAAGUGCAUCACAAACUGCAUCAAAUAAAUUCCAUAAUCAACACUUGACCCAGUAUGUUGCUCAGUUGUUGACCAAGACAGAAUUGGAUGUUGCCAUUGAUAAGGUUUUCACCAACAGUGCUAAUUUGAGCGGUGAAGGAAUUGUUGCAUUUGUUAAGGCUUUAUCAGAUGUUGCUGCCGAGGAAAUAGAAUCCUCUGGUCAAAGCUCAAAUCCUAGAACAUUUUCCUUACAAAAAGUUGUUGAUAUUUGCUACUACAACAUGAAUCGUAUUCGUCUUGAGUGGUCUCAAUUAUGGGCCACAAUGGGUGAAACUUUCAACUCAGUUGGAUGUCAUAGUAACCUGGCAAUCCUGUUUUUUGCAUUGGAUUCCUUGAGGCAAUUGUCAAUGAGAUUCUUGGAAAUCGAUGAGUUAGCUCAUUUCAAAUUUCAAAAGGAGUUCCUUAAGCCCUUUGAAUACGUGAUUCUUCACAAUGAUUCCUUGGAAGUCAGGGAUAUGGUACUUGAAUGUCUUAACAAUAUGAUUCUUGGUAGAGCUGACAAAAUCAAGUCGGGUUGGAAGACCAUUUUUGGGGUUUUGACCGCCGCGGCUAAGGAGAAGAAAGAAUCAUUAGUAAUGAAGUCUUACAAAAUGGCUACUUGGAUCAAUAAAGAGUAUAUCGAUGAAGUCCGUGCCCAGGAUCUGUUCGCUGACUUGGUGGUGUGUUUCACUGAGUUGGCUAAGAAUGAAAGAUUUCAAAAGGCCAGCUUGCUCUCAUUGGAUGUGUUGCUGAAAUUAAUAAACCAAGUUGCUCAAUUGAGUUUCGGCGACAAGAGCAAAAAUGAAACUUCGUUGGCUGUUAAUGGUAAAGAUUCUGAAAAGAAUGAUCACCUAGUUAAGUUAUGGUUCCCAAUCUUAUUCGGUUUCCAUGAUAUUAUCAUGACUGGUGAGGAAUUGGAAGUCAGAUCAAGGGCCUUAAAUUACUUGUUCAAUGUCUUGCUUGAUUAUGGUGAAUAUUUUGAAAUUGAUUUUUGGGACUUGAUUUGCCGUCAAUUGCUUUUCCCUAUUUUCAGUGUUUUAAGUAAUCAUUGGGAAUUGAGUGUGGAAGAUACUAAUGACAAAUUAUCUGUUUGGUUAUCGACUACUUUGAUCCAAGCUUUGAAGAGCAUGAUCACUUUAUUCACUCAUUACUUCGAUGCGUUGAGUGGUAUGCUUGACGAGUUCUUAAGUUUGAUCAUUUCAUGUAUCUGUCAAGAAAAUGAUACCAUCGCCAGAAUCGGAAGAGAAUGCUUAUCUACUCUUUUAAUUGACAAUGGGAACAAAUUCAACGCUGAACAGUGGAAUAAGGUAUGUGGUGCUUUUUCAACCUUAUUUGAAUUGACUACUGCGAAGGAAUUGUUCACUUCCGAUCCAUUGAGGAACAGAAGUGCUGAGGAUGCAGAGGGAGGUGAUUUUGGAUCAAAUGUGGACUUAAACGAUCCAUCAUCUCCUAAGAAUACUUUAAUUGAUGAUUCUGAAGCCAGAUUGCGUAAAUCAAAGGAAAAGUCAUCAAUUGUGGUUAAGAGUGUCUUGCAACUCUUGUUGAUUCAAACUUUAUCUGAAUUGUUUGAGAACGACAACUUUUAUGAAGCGGUUCCAUACGAACAGUUGAUGGUGUUAGCUGACUUAUUGAAUAAGAGUUAUUCGUUUGCAAAGAAAUUUAACGAUGACUACGAUUUGAGAGUCAGAUUGUGGAAUGCCGGAGUGAUUGAAAGAUUACCAAACUUGUUGAAGCAAGAAUCAUCGUCGUCCGCUGUGCUCAUUAAUAUCAUGUUCCGGAUGUACUGUGACGACGAGAAGACCUCCACCGAAGCCAAAGAUGAAAUCAUGGGGCAAAUCAUUCCUAUCUGUAACUUCAUCACCGAGAGAUUCGCCGAAUUUGACGAAACCAACCAACAGCGUAACAUUUCUACUUGGAAGCCGGUUAUUAUUGAGAUUUACCAAGGCUACGUUGAGUUGGACGACGAAGAUUUUGUGAAGUUCACUCCACAAAUGUACGAGCUUACGUUGAAACUAUUCUCCAGAAGCAUGUCUGCGGAUUUAAGACAGGCACUCAGGAGCUUCUUGUCGAGGGUGGGAGAGGACUUUGUCAACCAGAAAUAG